CUCCGGCCCCUCGCGCUCUCUCUAUCAGCCUCUCACUCCGUCUCAAUAUGUCUCAAGAUGGCGGCCAAUGCGGGAUCGAUGUUUCAAUAUUGGAAGCGCUUUGAUUUACAGCAGCUGCAGAGAGAACUAGACACCACUGCCACGUUAUUGGCCAACAGACAAGAUGAGAGCGAACAGUCCAGGAAAAAGCUCAUCGACCAGAGCCGCGAGUUUAAGAAAAACACACCAGAGGAUCUGCGAAAGCAGGUAGCUCCGCUGCUGAAGAGUUUUCAGGCCGAGAUCGACGCUUUGAGUAAAAGAAGUAAAGAAGCGGAGGCUGCCUUCUUGAACGUGUAUAAGAAGCUGAUUGAUGUCCCAGAUCCCGUCCCCGUGCUGGAGCUCGGCCAGCAGCUACAGCUGAAGGUCCAGCGCAUGCACGACAUCGAGACAGAGAACCAGAAGCUGCGCGAGACGCUGGAGGACUACAACAAAGAGUUCGCCGAGGUCAAGAACCAGGAGGUCACUAUCAAAGCACUUAAAGAGAAGAUCCGGGAAUACGAACAGACCUUGAAGAACCAGGCGGAGAACCUGGCACAGGAGAAAGAGCAGCAGCUCCACAACGACUAUGCAGAGAAAGAGAGGAAGUUACAAGAGUCGCAGGAAUCAAUGGCCUCCAGGUUGGAAGAGGCAGAACACAAAGCUCAGAGUCUACAGACAGCACUCGAAAGCACUCAGGCAGAGCUGUUCGACCUGAAGACCAAGUACGAUGAGGAGUCCACGGCAAAAGCCGACGAGGUCGAGCUGGUCAUGACCGACCUGGAGCGAGCCAAUCAGAGAGCGGAGACCGCCGAGCGAGAGGCCGAGUCACUGAUGGAGCAGCUCACGUCGGCUAACAAGUCCCUGCAGCUGGCCACGCAGAUCCAGAAAGCUCCAGACAUGGAGCAGGCGGUAGAGGUGGUGUCGCGCUCCAGUCUGGAGGCCGAGCUGAGCGCUAAGGAGCGGGAGAUGGUGCAGCUGGUGGAGGACGUGCAGAGACUGCAGGCCAGUCUGGCCAAACUGCGCGAGAACUCCUCCACCCAAAUCAGCCAGCUAGAGCAGCAGCUCAGUGCCAAGAGUGCCACACUCAAGCAACUGGAGGAGAAGUUGCAGGAGCAGGCCGACUACGAGGAGGUGAAGAAAGAGCUGAGUAUCCUGAAGUCCAUGGAGUUUGGGCCGCCCGACAGCGCUACAGCACAGGACUCGUCUAAGCCUCUGGAGGUGUUACUGCUGGAAAAGAACCGCGGUCUUCAGUCCGAGAGCGCCUCACUCCGCAUCGCCAACACCGAGCUGAGCGGACGCUACACCGCGCUUCAGGUGGAGUUUGCAGCUGCAGUGAAGACCAGUGCCGAGCAGAAGGAGCUCAUCUUUAAACUGGAGCAUGACCUGAGCACCAUCCAGGCCAUGUCCUCCCUGGCUCGACCUGAUGCGGAGGGGGCAGACCUAAGUGGUAUGGAACGAAUCCCUGAGCCUAUUAAAGAGGCCACGGCUCUGUUCACAGGAGUUAUCAGCUCUUCUCAGGCUGAGCUUCCCCAGGGUCAGAUGGAUUCUCUGCUGUCCAUCAUCUCUAGCCAGAGAGAGAGAUUCCGAGCUCGAAACCAGGAACUGGAGGCUGAGAGUCGCUCUCUGAACCAGACCCUACAGGCUCUCCAGUCGGAGCUGGACAGUCUGCGUGCUGACAACAUCAAACUGUACGAGAAGAUCAAGUUCCUGCAGAGUUACCCAACCAGAAGCGGAGGCAGUGAUGACACCAUGAUGCGCUACUCCUCGCAGUAUGAGGAGAGGCUCGACCCUUUUGCCUCCUUCAGCAAGAAGGAGCGCCAGAGACGAUACCUGAGCCUCAGCCCAUGGGACAAGGCUACCCUCAGCUUGGGUCGUGUCAUUUUGUCCAACAAGAUGGCCAGAACAAUUGCUUUCUUCUACACUCUCUUCCUCCAUUGCCUGGUGUUUCUGGUACUCUAUAAAACAGCCUGGAGUGAGAGCAUUGGCCGUGACUGUGCUGCGUACUGUGCUAAGAAGUACUCAGACCAUCUGCACCGUUUCCAUGAGAACGGCGACAAUGCUGAUAUGUGGCAAUGAAGCAGCGUGACAGUAAAAGUUGAUGGUCUUCAUGUUUUCUCUGCUCUUUCGCUUCACCUAUAACUUAGAAUUAGUCCCUUAUAUCUCAAAAAAAAAAUGCUUUAAAGAGUAGGUUUGCAUUGUCAGCCACUAGAGGGCGCACAUGGUUUAAAGACUCCAAAAUUCAUAAUGACUAUAUAUAGAUCAGAGUUCAGAUUACUAUUAAGGAUCAUUUCUGUGCAUGCUCGCUGAUUCAUAAAUCUAUUUUAAAAAAUAAUAACAAAUAACCACACAUAUAAUUCUGCUGUGUUUUACAGUGGGGACCGGUUUAUGUCUGAAUUAUUCUGCUUCUUUCUUUUUCUUUUUGAAUUACAUAAAAUGAUUAGUAGUUGAUAAAAUAAGACAGUUUUUAAUUUUAGUUGAAUUCAUAUAUUACUUUAUCUUUAAAACUUUAAACAAUAUAAUAUGCUUUAAUUGUGGGUGUUUUUUUCCGCUCUUCUUUUGAAUCCUAAAUCAUUUCCAUCAGUGACAGGGUAUCGGGGUUACUGUGCUAUCUAUUUAAAUUCUAUGCAGAUGAUAAAUUCGUAGAAGUGAGUAAAUAUGUUAAGGUUGUGGAAAGUUAAACCUAAAGACUAAAGGUUUGUUAAGGUUUUGUUUAAACUGGGUUCCGUUGAUGUUGCGCUAUUAAGACGGUGGUGUUUACAGGGCGAGGAUAGCUUGCUGGCUGUAGAUCCUCUGCUCUUGUGUUUUUAACACAACAUGUCAUGUCAUGUUAUAAUCGAAACUGUGCAACACAGAUGGGAGCAUCCUCUACGUCCUGUUAGCACUGUGUUUAAUUAGCAUGUCUCUGUGUUUCUCUCACUCCCUUUUAGUAUCCUAAUAAAACUGUGAGCAUCUACAA